AUGAGAGGGCGCGGUGGAAUUGCCUUGCCACCGAAAGGUGUGGAGCAAAGCAAGCCGGCGGUGGUGUCCCAAGACACCCUUAGAGUCUUCGAGGUCCAGCUGGUUACUGUUCCCACGCCCUCCCUGACGAAAGCACGGGCCCUGGCUCUUCAGUCUGAGCUGUUGGCAGCCUUCACUGCCGCGCGCUUUCAGAAGAAGUUCCACGAGCUUGAAAGAGAAUCUUCGGGCGACAAGGAUCCCUCCUAUCGUGCGGCAUUCCGGAAGCUGGUCCGAAAGGAGCAGAGCCAGGUUAUUCCAAGGUAUGGCUUCGACGCCAGUGAAUCAGGAGUCGAGCAGAUGCUUGCAGCUUUCGAGGAAUUUAAAGAGGACGGCAUCGCAGGUUGA